AUGGCGUCCGAGGCAAAACCGAACGCAAGCAAGCCCAACAAAGCCGCAAGGCCACGUCCACUCAAGACGAGACAAUCCCACAGUGCUGACAACGCCACAGCAUGCAAUCGCCAAUCAGAAAACCAAAGGAAUCCACAUCAGACCAACAGUCGAAACGCGGAAGCCAUGGAUAAAAACGUACCUGCCACAAAGGCCGCCCGCCGACCCAGGCCAGGCCUCUUCGCCCGACGAACCCGGCGGAAAGCCUCCGCCAAGCAGAAGCCGCGAAUCUACAGGUUCAACGGAGAAGUCCUGCCGCAGACGUCAACCCGUCGACAUCCCACGCCAAAGGACCUGCUGCGACGCUUGGAGCACACCUGCGGCGUUUCAAUGUACAGGAUCAGGCUGAUACAAGACGGUCAGAUGCUUCGAGCGAGCGGCAAGCGACCCUUCGCCUCGGCAAAGAGCAUUCAGAUGCUCCUCCUACCGUACGUGCAAGACAAUAGCAGCAGAGACGUGCUCCAAAGUCUCGAAACAGCAAUCCGAACGCAAAACACGGCGGCAUUGAGAGAACUGCUGUGGCGACCCGUGGACCCAAACACAGCCUUCCCUCGCUACCUGCCGCGUCCAAUCACAGCACUAGAACUGGCGCUGCUGAGCGCAGGACCGCGCACGGAAACGAUCCUUUCCACACUGCUAAAGGCGAAGGCAAGGCCUAAUGACCCGAGAAACCAAGGCAUGCUCUGCCUAGCCGUGCAACAGAACGACAGCAAGACGCUGCAACUGCUCCUGCGGCACCGAGCGGACCCGAACAGCUCCACCAACCGAAUAACCCCCUUGGACAUAGCGUGCCAACUGCCGCAUCAGGAGCAGGAACCUAAAGCAGCACUAAUGCUGCUAGCAGCGCGAGCAGAGAUACAGGGCAUGCUCCAAGACGAAAACAGCUGGACGUUGGAGCCAAGGCGGAAAGACUAUCUGGACUACGCGCACCCUCGGUCGCUCGCAAGCACAGUAUGCUUGGUGCGUGCUGCAGCAGGACUGCCAGACCACACGCACCUGCAGCAGAUCAUCGAGAUGGCCAAGACGAAGAACGUGCGCAUCCUGCCCACAUGCCUCUGCAGCGCAGCCGCCAACGACAACCAGCAUGCCGUGCAGUGGCUGCUACACGCACAAGCGCCAGUAGACUCGCAUGUAUGCCAAAUGGUGCUAAGAGGAGAUCACCGCCUCGUGUUCAGCAGCCACGCUCGCCGCACAGCACUCGCCCUGGCUGCCGGAGAGGGCCACUGCGCCACCACGAGAACGUUGCUCCGAGCCAGGGCGGACCCAAACAAACAACUGGACGGACAGACGGCUCUGCUGCACACUGCAGCAGCACGCAAGGCCUCCAUAACAGCCGUGCGCGCCCUCUUGACAGCUGCCGCAGAUGUCAACCAAGAGGACAGCUUGGGCCGCACAGCUCUCAGAGUGGCUCUGCAACACCCAAAGCCGGACGUGGAGCUCAUUCAAACACUGCUGCAUGCCAAGGCCGACACCCAACACAGAGACCACGUCGAUGACACGCCUUUCAGCUUUGCAACCCGGAGAUGCUGCGCCACUCUUCUCGAUCCGGAAAGAAGCCUCGCAUGGAUGCUCUCAAGAACAAGAGAAUCAAGAAGACUCUCGAGGUAG